CUUGAAAUGGCAUGCUUUAUAGAAACAAAAUUUAAGACCUUCAUGCUUCUGGAUCCCAUACCAGAAAUAUUUUCCUCAUGCCUUAACUUCCUGUGGAAAUUAAGGGCAAAGAAGCUGUUACAAUGAAAGUGAUACCUUGUCUCACUUUGUGUCUUUCCUCAAACAGAGUCGCUACAAAUAUGACAAGGUUUUGUCAAGAGCCUGAUGAAGGCUCUCAGUUUUAUUUUACCCAGAUGCAGCAGUCUGAGAUUGUUCAGACCAAAAAAGAUUUUUGUUUGAUGAGAGUUGUAGGAAAAUACUUGGAUUCUGCUUGUAACUUAAGAAUGGGUGCUCCCAAAGAAGUUCAGACACCAGGAGAGUUCAGAUGUGAGCUGUGUGAGUUAUCAGCCCCGUACACAUACUAUGGGCAGACACCACCAAACUCAACUCUCAUACAGCUUUUGGAAAAAGCCUAUGUCAUGAAGGAUCCUAUCACCCCUGACAAAGACAAGUUCCUCAUCGUUGGGUUUCAUUGCAGUUUGUGUACCAGAGCAGUGUGUGUUGUACAGUACAAGCAAAACAAGCUUUACUUCUGUUUUAUUGCAACACUUUCUAAAGACAUGGAAAAAAGGUGGCUUUUGGAGAAGAAAGGAGGAAAGGGAGGAAGUUUCAACCCUUAUUGCUCACCUCAGCAGAAGGACUGUAGUCUGUUCUACUCCAAAAGUUUCUGCCUCCCCUGUGUGAAGGAAAACCUAAACGCCUUUCCUUUGGAAAUAAAAGAAGACAUGGAUAAAAGGAAACCCCAGCAGAAAUCCUGCAGAAAAAACGGAUACAAAGCAUAAAUCUUGAAGGCCCAAGAGCGACAGUUCUUUGGCUGGGGUUUCUCCUCUCUCUGCUUGGAGACUAUCACGUUGCUCCUUUUAAAGAAGUGACCUUCAUCAGCUCACUACUGCUGGAGAGAGCAGCACAUUGCCUUGCCCUUGGCUUGGGUUCAGACAUCCCCGUGCAGCGCUGGCCGUGCCAGGGAGCGGCUCCCGAGGUGCUGGGGAGCCAGAAAGGAAGGCA